AUGUCACAGGGCACUUCUAUAAUAUCUAAGGACACUACCACAACGUCUCAGGGCAUUACCACAAUGUCGCAGGGCAGUACCACAAUGUCGCAGGGCAGUACCGCAAUGUCACAGGGCACUUCUAUAAUAUCUAAGGACACUAACACAACGUCUCUGGGCAUUACCACAAUGUCGCAGGGCAGUACCGCAAUGUCACAGGGCACUUCUAUAAUAUCUAAGGACACUAACACAACGUCUCUGGGCAUUACCACAAUGUCGCAGGGCAGUACCGCAAUGUCACAGGGCACUUCUAUAAUAUCUAAGGACACUAACACAACGUCUCUGGGCAUUACCACAAUGUCGCAGGGCAGUACCGCAAUGUCACAGGGCAGUACCGCAAUGUCACAGGGCAGUACCACAAUGUCGCAGGGCAGUACCGCAAUGUCACAGGGCACUUCUAUAAUAUCUAAGGACACUAACACAACGUCUCAGGGCAUUACCACAAUGUCGCAGGGCAGUACCGCAAUGUCACAGGGCACUUCUAUAAUAUCUAAGGACACUAACACAACGUCUCUGGGCAUUACCACAAUGUCGCAGGGCAGUACCGCAAUGUCACAGGGCACUACUAUAAUAUCUAAGGACACUAACACAACGUCUCAGGGCAUUACCACAAUGUCGCAGGGCAGUACCGCAAUGUCACAGGGCACUUCUAUAAUAUCUAAGGACACUAACACAACGUCUCUGGGCAUUACCACAAUGUCGCAGGGCAGUACCGCAAUGUCACAGGGCACUACUAUAAUAUCUAAGGACACUAACACAACGUCUCAGGGCAUUACCACAAUGUCGCAGGGCAGUACCGCAAUGUCACAGGGCACUUCUAUAAUAUCUAAGGACACUAACACAACGUCUCUGGGCAUUACCACAAUGUCGCAGGGCAGUACCGCAAUGUCACAGGGCACUACUAUAAUAUCUAAGGACACUAACACAACGUCUCAGGGCAUUACCACAAUGUCGCAGGGCAGUACCGCAAUGUCACAGGGCACUUCUAUAAUAUCUAAGGACACUAACACAACGUCUCUGGGCAUUACCACAAUGUCGCAGGGCAGUACCGCAAUGUCACAGGGCACUACUAUAAUAUCUAAGGACACUAACACAACGUCUCAGGGCAUUACCACAAUGUCGCAGGGCAGUACCGCAAUGUCACAGGGCACUACUAUAAUAUCUAAGGACACUAACACAACGUCUCAGGGCAUUACCACAAUGUCGCAGGGCAGUACCGCAAUGUUUAAGAGCAUUACCACAUUGUCUCUGUUAAAGAUUACGUUAAAGCAGUUAGAUAUUAAAGAUCGUUGGCAUCAAUCAUAA